UAUAUUUAGACUAAAAUAACCUGUAAACGUAUUUAUUUUGGGUCACACGUCCACAAUUUGGAUUAUUUAUACAAUAUUUAAUGUUCUAACAGUAGGAUUUGUUAAAUAUAUUACUGUAUUUGAAUAUAUUUACCACUUAAUGCUUGCAGUUCUAAUUUUGAUAUAUUUUAAACGGCUUCCAAAAAUGCUUUGGAAUUAAAUAUUGUUAUCAGUCAACAUAACCUUACUUUUCUCAAUGUUUUUUAUCCUAAAUGAUAUAAUCAAUAUUUUACUAUCAUCAUUGACAUUAUAACAGGAUGAUAAUGAUGAUAAUACUUUGUUGAGUAUCAGUUUAUAUUAUUUGGAUCCCAUUGCAAUAAUAAUUUGAAGUCUGGGUUAAUUAUGUGGUUAAUUAAAAUAUACUAAUUACAAUUAACAUUGAUCUUGUUGACUGCAAGUAAAUAGGCUAUGUUUACAUCUACAUAACAUAUAUACAAUAACUAAUUUUGUUUCAUGUUGUGAUAUGUCUACAUACUCAUAUACACAUUUUUGGGAAGUUAAUAAAUGUUAUUUAAAGUAGGCCUAUUAAUAAACUUAGGCCUAAACAAAGUACAGUACAUAUCUAAUUUAACAAUGGUUUUAAGAUAUUAAAGCUAGCCUAUGCUAAGCGCAAAAUUAUUAAAAGAAAUGGCAGGUUUCAUAUUGAUAUCAAAGUGGAGAGUAUUUUAUGUAUGUUGUACUGUGUAUAAUCUGUUAAACAUUUAAAAGUUAUCUAAUCUGUCUUAAGUUGCUUGUAAAAAUGAAUGUAAAAUUAAUUAUUGCAUUAGUGGUAAAAAGUGCGUAGAGUGGAUGUUUUGUCUUUUAUUGUGCAUCAAGAUGACGCAAGACUGCUACGGAGCAUCUCUUAACAGAUAUCCUACAUCCAAAUGGGGGUCUAGAAACCAAAAAUGCUGCUGUCUGAGGCAAAUGGGGUGUUUUGGUAGCAAAGACAAGCUGUCCAAGGAGGACAUGGACUUCCUCAAAUCCCACACGAGAUACGACGAGGCCACCAUCAAAGAGUGGUACAAGGGUUUUAAGCAAGACUGUCCAAAUGGAAGACUCACACCUGCCAAAUUUGUUGACAUGUACAAGAUGUUCUUCCCCAGUGGUAAUGCAGAAGAGUUCUGUGAUCACGUCUUCAGGACAUUCGACAUGGACAAAAAUGGCUAUAUUGAUUUUAAGGAAUUCCUGUUGGCCAUUGACGUAACCUCGUCGGGAACACCUGAAGAAAAGCUCAAGUGGGCAUUUAGGAUGUAUGAUGUUGAUGGCAACGGCGUAAUAGACAUCCAAGAAAUGACCAAAAUAGUUCAGGCGAUAUAUGACAUGCUGGGAGCGUGUUCGUCCAACCGACCUGCAGAUUCCGCAGAGGAACGCGCCAAAAACAUCUUUGCCAAGAUGGAUGAGAAUAAUGACGGCCAACUAACACAAGACGAGUUCCUCAAAGGGUGUCUCCAGGACGAAGAGUUAUCAAAAAUGCUUGCACCAUAAUGAACUAAAAAGCGUACUUUGGGAUAUCACCUCUCUUCUACAUUUUGGAAUGGGUGUAGUGCUCUAGAUUACAUUCAUGCAUCAACAUUUUUUAUGUUUUAUUGAAUAAGUCAAGCGACCAGCUUCAGAGGUUUUUGGACAAAAGAUUGGUUUGUUUAAAACGUUUGUUGUUUGUUUCAUGAAUUUUCCUGUGAAGUAAUAAGGGUGCUUGCUUGCCAAAUAAGAAUAUGCGUUGCAAAAAUAUUAUACCGAUUUACUGAACUGUCUUUGACACGGAAUUAUGUUUUGUUGUUGUUAAUUAUUUGUUACAGUUUUGAAUGUCGUAAGAGAUACUCUAUUACAUUCCAUUGUUCCGGUACGAAUCGGACUCUUACUCGGAUCCUUCUCUGUUCGUCUUCCGAACACAGUCCUCGUUGUCAUCAAUUUGAAAUUUCACCUUUCGAUGCCAGUUUAUUGUUCUUGCUAGCGCUUCUAAAAUUCCAACCUGUGUGAAAGUCUUAACAGUUCAUUGCUAGGAUGCAAAGUAGAUAUAUUAGCUGACACAAAUCUAAGUUUAUGAUUACAUUUAUAAAAAAAUAUGACAGUAAAUACCAAACCUAGGACUUAUGCCAUUUUAUAAAAUAAUGCAAUCAAAGUUUAUAACAUGUAAAUGUUGAUUUAAUGUAAUUUUAAAAUAAUUUAAUUGUUUAAUCAGGUCUCAGUGGAAGCUCAUCCGUAGCAUAUUUUUAUAUAAAUAAUGACAUAAAUUUUCAAGAAAAAGAAAAAGUAAGAAAAGUUUGUUAGAGCAUAUUUACAGUGCUCUUGUAAUUAGCUGGACUGUUGCCAGAGUAUUGUCAGUUCUGCUCAGUCUAUUGUUGAUACCUAGUGGCUGGUGCGGUGCGGACAGUUUUUAUUGUCUCCGUUGCGUACAUUGUUGAUACCUAGUGGCUGGUGCGGUGCGGACAGUUUUUAUUGUCUCCAUUGCUUAGUGGAAUCAUCUCAGUUAUCAUGCUUUUCUUAAAUUGUUGGUCACAGUGUUAAAACUCUAUGCACGGAAUAAGAUCCAAACCAUCAACAUUGAUUUAAACUUAACAAGUGAGUAAUUGAAAUAUUUCUUUUUUUGUCAAUUUUUGGGUUGGAAAGUUGGUUUCCUGACCCUGUGAUGUGCUUUACCACUGAUAUCUGAUAAAUCAGUUAUGAUCCUGCACACAUUUUUUUUAUGAAGGUUUAUGAGUAAAUUUGUGUUGGUACACUCUAUGAUAAAUUACAUUAUUUUAAGGUUGCUUUUUAAAUGUUAAGACCUAUUUCAAGUUUUUAUUGAAGCCAACUUGAAAGAUUCAUCCUAGAAUGUGUGAACUAAUACCAACCUACAUAUUGCAUUGAUAAGUAAUAUUUUGUCAAUUAUUUGAUGGAGUAUUACUUUAAAUACUUAAUGUGAAGUAAAAUUGUAUGGAAAUUUAUGACGAAUGAUUUUUAUUGUAAGCUAAAUGUACAUGCCAUUUCUGAUGGACCAAAUAAUCUCAAAACUUAAGCUUUCUUUAGUGAUAGAGGAAAAUGAUUUUUAUACAUUUUCACUGCAAUGUGUUUGUGUGUAUAUUUAUUAAUUGUCACUUAUUCAGAUCUUUUGGUGACACAACUUUUGACUAAAGUAAGUUGUCCUCAAAUGAUGUUUUAAAUUUGCACUCUAAAAGUCCACUUGAUAAAAUGGAUAAAAUUUGUGGAACAUCAUAAAAUAGCUUACUUUGCCUAAAUAAUUUGAUUUCAUGUGUAUAUUUAUUACCAGUGUGUAUCAAACUAAAUAGGUAGUUUAAUUGUUUCAGAUUAAUGUAAAAAUAAUAUUAAUGUGGAUAAUGUUUUAUUUGUAAUAUCUUAAAACUAAUCUUGUUUAUAUUUGAAUUUAUCAUUAAAUAUAUGUUAUAAAUCAAAAAAUAUAUGUCCAUCAUAUUUGUUCUUCCAGAUUAUUUAAAUUUUAAACUAUCUCCAGUAAAGUUAUGGCCUAACUUAUAACACCAUUGAUAAAUAAAGAUUUGUAAGUAAAAUACUAUAAAAGGUUGAAAGAUGAUGUCAGAUUUCAAGUGGAUUUUGAAGUGCUGCAAUCAAGCAAACCGUUGUAUUUCAAAGUAUACUUCACAAUUAAGUAAUGCUUUUUGUAUCGUCAUAAUUUUUAUGAAAGGAACUUUCUUACCAUGGAAUUGACACAGUUUAUAGUCAAUUAUACAUAAUAGCACUUUUAUAUUCCUUAGUGUUGUUACAACUUGUUGUAUUCAUUUUUAGUAACCAUAAUUGAAUUCUUUAUUACAUACGAAGCUAAGGAAACUAAGAAAUUGUAUCUGUCUGAAUAGGAUGCCAUAUUUUGUGCCAUUGAAUUAUUUUCAACCAGUUGCCUAUUUUUAAGAUGAAUAUAAAUUACAUAUAGUGUAAAUUAGAUCAAUUUUAUAUAUUUUGCAAUAAAUUGAAAAUUUAUAUUGAUAUUGAAAUUACUUGUUAAGUCUGAAGUGAGUAAACCAUAAUGGCUAUUCAGAAAACAACUUCCAUUUCAACAAAGUAGAGAAAGAGUUAAUUUCAAUUUGUUUCUUUGUUUUCCACACUGCCAACAAGUAAAAGACGACAUUGGUGAUAAACGGAAUCUUGGGAGCUAAAACUUUAUAGCUUUGUAAUUAACUGACCCUUGUAUAUAUAUCUGGUGGAAAUUUUGUUCUAUAUGCUGCGUUGGAGAAUCCAAAUGUGAUUAUUUUAAGCGUGAUUUGAAAUACAUCAAGAACUCUAUGCCUUAGACAUUUAAGUAUCAGUGCACACCUUUCAAUAUAACGAAAAGCAUUAAUCUUGAAUUAAUGGGCAAAUAUGAACACUAGUAUUAUAGAAGCCUGGAAUGAAGUCUAAAGGUAUAUUCUCCAUUAUCUGCAGUAUUAUUGUUGAGGGCCAAAGCAAUACUUGUAUGUGAUAAGAAAUCUUGAUUAAAUAUAUUUCUAUAAUCACUUGGUGUCCUUUAUCAGUGGUUUAUUUAUUAAAAUUAUUAUUAAGAAUAAGGAGUUAUAUUUUACUGUAUAAAGACUACACAAGAAUUUGUACGCUCAAUCUAAAUAUAUCAUUUACUUAUAUUUUUCGAUGAUACAAGUUAGAAAUCAUAAAAAUAUAAAUUUGCCAGCAGUAUGUGGAUGAAACUAAUGUUGUACGUGCAUUUAAAAAUCCACCAAAAUUUCAUUGCAUAAUCUGUACCAUUCAUUUGACAUUAUUUUGAACAAAGUGUUAUUAAUAAAUGUAUAUUUGUCUAUAUGCAAAUUUGUUUAUAAUGGAAUUAACUUUCUAAAUAGCAUUCUGGUUUACUACUGAAUGGCAUUUUUAGAAGGGGUUCAAGUAUAUACGAUAGGUUGUUUUAUCUUUCUGUUGUGAUUACCAUAUGUCUUCAUGAGUUUCACUUUCUCUCCUGAUUUAAAUCAGCAUUAUUUUCUCAUCCUUGCAUUGAGCAGUCACCUGGCAAAUUAUAUCAUAUUACUGUGUAAUGUGAAGAAAAUCAAUAUAUUUAUUGGCUGGUUAAAAUUGUUUUUAAAAUAUCAACACUCACUUAUUUGUUGUGAAAAUAAUGAUUAUGAGAAUAGUAAUAUGAGAUCCUAACAAAUUUUUUAUUUCCAAUUUUUAUUCGUAAUUCCAUAUCUAAUCAAACAUAAAGAAAUAGUUGGGAUCAAAUUGUACAUUAGAUGUUUAUUUUUUGUUUUAGAUUUAUUUUUAAUUUAAUCACGACCCUUGUUUAAUGGGAUGUAUAAAAAAGUUAUUUUAAUAAACACAACAAAUUAUAAUCAUGGAAGAAAAUUUGUUAUAUUGGUAGCCAUUUGUUGCUUAUAAAAUAAAACCGUCUGAUAUUUUAACUGUUUUAAUUCAUAAUUUUUACUCUGAUCAAAAAUCUACUUUAAAAUCUAGAACUUAAAAGAAUCCUUGAAAGGGAAUGAGAAGUUUGCUGAGAGGAAGUUUUAUGGCGUAAAAUGGAAAUGUUGUUGGGUAAAAUACUUAUAUAAUAUAAUAGACAAUCAAUACUACCAUUAGCUAUCUAUUGUUUGCUACGAUGUCAACACUAAUACAUUGAUGGUUAAUUAUUGUCGUUUUGUUUGAAAUUGACAAGUUAUUGUAUAUUUAGUGGGCCUACUCCAGUAGUGAUCAGAUGUACAUAAAUAAAGACUGAUAUCUCUGCACAAAACCAAACUACAGAUCAAUUUUGUGUUCUUUACUUGUUCAUAGUGAACAAUAAUUAUAUAAAAAAAUCUUCAUUAAGUUUAUCAAUAAAAUUUGUGAUGAGCGUAAUAACUCAAUGUAUUUGGUGACAGUUAAAUUUUUUUUAAAUGGUUACCAGUUUAGUUACCGCAUUAUAUUUAGAAGGGGGUUUCUCCUUUUGUAUUAGUAUUUAAAUAGUUUUUAAAAACUGCUUAGUUUCAUAGGUUAGUAAUUUAAAAUAAAAUAAAAUCUUAAAAUAGAGUAUAUUUCGCUAAAUAUUUAAUUUGUAUAAAUCUAUAAGUGUAGUAUUACAUAAAUAAUAAUGUAUCAACAAAUUAUUUUAAAAAAGGAUUAAACAGUUAUCUUACAUAAAAUUUGAGAUGAAUUAAUUUCUAUAAUUUGUUGAUUACUGGUCAUAUAGUAUUUAUAUAAAGUUAGUGCAAUAAAAAGAAGCUUUAACAUUUCACAAGCUAUCGUUAAGAUUUAAUCAGGCCUUUUUAUUAUAACAUCAGGCGUUUAAAAUAAGUUGUAACCAUUAAUUUUUAAAUAUUUUAUUUUUUAUUUAUGUUAAAAAAAUCUUAUUGUUAUUUAUUGAUUGUUAUCGAGUAAAGUAAUUUAAUAGAUUAAGUUUAAGGAGGUAUGUGAAUGUGCAUGUUAUGUUGGCACACAUGAUGUAUUUGAGAAAUAGAAUCCGCACACUUUAGCAUUUCAUGACAUUUUCUAUGUACAAGGACUUGAUUGUUAUUACUUUGUGCUAAAAGUUGUAUUUAUAUAAUGUGAACAGCCCAAAAAGUGUUAGUUGCUAUUUUCUUAGUAUAUAAUUGUAGAAGUUUAGUUAAUAUCAAGUAACGGUACUUAAUUAUAGUUUCUUUGGCAAUUACAUUGCGUAGUCUAAUAUCGUUGUUGUUUGAAACAACAAUGGCACAAAAUAUUUAUACCCGUUGUAGAAUCAAAAAUGCAAGUUGAUCCUUGCCGUUUUAAGUAGAUUUCAAAAGCUCACAAAAUUCCACCACAAGUUCACAGAUGAUGCAAGUUCACUGCCCUCUCCUUCUUUGUAGGGGGGGAGGGAUGCAGCAAAUUCUGGAGUCCCUUCCGUCCUACCGUCUGCAAGUAAUCAGUCAUUAUCUAAAUUCGUUACUAUCCAAUUACAAGAUUUCUUACACGGAUGAUGGAUUUAUUUUGAUGGCUUGUAAGAAGGAAAUAAGGUUAAUUUGUUUUUAAAGGUAUUGAAUGUACAAUCUAAAAUUAAUAUUUGUGCAGUAAAAAUUUAAAGCCAAUCUGCAGCUUUUGAGUAUUUAAUUUAAUUGUCAUCUUGCAACAUUUACUUACAACUCAUUACAAUUUGUUAAUUUUACUCAUGGUGAGUUUUAUCUUAUACCACCUUUAAUCUAUUCAAAUAUUAGGAUGGUAAGUAGUUAAUGAAAGUAACAUUUAAAUCAUGCAAUCCAAAUUAGACUCAUUGGGAAUUUUUUGAACCAUGCAGAAAUCUUGUAAAUUGUUUGUGCAAAUAAUAUUAACAAAUAAGUUUUAUUUGCAUGCUAAACUCGAUAAAAUCCAUCCCAGUCCUGUAAUCUACUUCUCACUGGUGGGCGAGUCAGUUGUCAAGAUGGCACAUUUUCUGCACACUUUUAUAUUUUUGUACUUAUCUUUCUUGUGCACAUAUGUAUAAACUGUAACUAUUUAUAUAUAUUUUUAUGUAUCUGUAUUUAUUGUGUCCAUUUUUUGUGUUCCUCCCCUGUACGGAUUUUAUUGUAAAUUUGGUUUGGAACCCGAAGUGUACAUUGUGACAUGAUGGCAAUCUUACAAUAACAUUUUGAUGUUUAAAA